CCUUACCCCAGUUACCUCCAGGAUAAUCGUCUACGUGUUCAUGUACUUCCAUAAUAUACAUGGAACGUUUUUCGGAAUACUGGGUCUUAUUGGUUUUACCAAUGACACAACAACAGAUCAUUAACGACUGUAAAGAGGAGCACAGUGGUUAAGAUAUACAGAAGUGGAAAGUGAGAAUACUUCCACACCUACAACGACUGUGGAAUAUUUACUCCCUUCAAGGCGACGAAAGGCAAAGAGACUUGUGAAGUUUUUAAGUGCGGCUCCCAUCAGCUGUCUACUUGAGAUCUAGCUUCAACCCAGAUACAGCCAGACUGAAUAAGCUGGUUUUGUUUUACAUGUCCCGAAGCUAAGAGGUCUUAAACAUUAGAGUGAGUGUAUCAUAGGUAUAUACGACCCAGCCACCGCAUAGUAAUUUCACCUGGCUGUGAGGAGCGACAACUCCACUCAAGAGCGACAAGCCCUACAAGUGACACUGUCUUGAUGGGACUUGAGUGACAACGAUUAGCACUACACCACUCCGCCACAGAUACGAACUCGGCUUGUUACAGAUCUGUUUGGGGAUUUCUGCUAAGUGUUUACUUGUACUGCCCUUUUACAGUACGAGGCGACUUUGAUAUUCAUAAGGUCGCUGACUCUAGGAGGGGUUCAAACACUCUGUCAAUCGCCCCGUCUCUUAACAAGACAGGGGUUCGAGAGUUAAGUUAUAUCUCAGUGGUUCGGACUGUGACCUAACCAGACCUGCCUAAUCAUGAUGGGUGAUGUGGGUUCAGGCGAUCAGCAACAUGCUUCGGCCUGGUACAGGGCCGACCCCUCAAGAGUAGGCAACGCCUUGGACGCCACCCCCGGGAUUUUACCCCCAGAGGACAUGGGUGAUAUGUUUUUCCCACACUCUCUGGAUAGCCAGAACCCGCAUAUUAACGCUGCUAGUUACUAUGCUAGUCCCGCGGCAGCAAGGGCUGUUCACAGCUACAGACCUUCCCCACACGAGACGGACUACCAAGAUGAUUAUUAUAGAUCUGCCAACUGCAACUCCAACAUGAGGCUACUCUUUCAGAAAUUUUCAGGAGGCAGCCAGGUUUGCAGACCACAUUUUCACAGUCCUCUUCACCCUUGGAUCCCUGAUAAGCCCAUGGUUCCGGCACACUCUGCCAGCUGGAUGAAUCCUUUCAGCAAAUCCCUGUCCCACCCCAACCCCACAGGCCCUCUGUCUGUCCACCCUGCCACCUCCAUUGCCACAUCGUCAUCAUUCAACUUUCCCCCUACACCCCCUAAAGAUGGCAGCCCAGACGUAAACGGUCACCCCACAGGAGCUGAGUACAACCAAGAAAAUAAACCUGCGAAAGACCUGUCCGACAACAGCCUGUCCGUACUGAGUUCUCACGGUGGAUCCUCCUUAGGGGGACAUCACCACGCCAUGUCGGCCUAUCCUACCUACGUCCACAGCAGUGACUAUGGGUUCCACCCUGCGGCCAGUGUCUUCAAAGCCACGUCGUCCAGCGUCCCCAGAGCCAGGAGCAAAACCAGAUCCAGCUCAGAAGGUCGAGAAUGCGUCAAUUGCGGAGCCACAUCAACACCCCUGUGGAGAAGAGACGGCACCGGGCAUUAUUUGUGUAACGCAUGCGGACUGUACCACAAAAUGAAUGGUUCCAACAGACCGCUUAUAAAGCCAAAACGAAGACUGUCUGCAGCCCGUCGGGCGGGAACAAGCUGCGCUAACUGUGGCACCUCCACGACUACCCUUUGGCGUAGGAACCAAAACGGGGACCCAGUCUGUAACGCGUGUGGGCUUUACUUCAAACUACACAAUGUCAACCGGCCGCUGACCAUGAAGAAAGAUGGGAUCCAGACACGAAACAGGAAAAUGUCAACGAAGAGUAAGAAAAACAAGAAAGGAUCCACUUCCAUGACGGAUCUGCUGAAGCCCCUGGAUAAACCUUUCCACAGCUUUGGUCAUCAAGGCCAUCUUGGCCCAAUGCACGCACCCAUGCCAACCUACAUGUCCGGUGGCACCUCUUUAGGCGGUUCCUUUAUGUCGGCGGGACCGUCCCAUCACGUGCAAAUGUCGUCUGGGCUAGGAGGCGGGCUAUCGGGCGGCUACAACAGCUUCCCGUCGUCAUUGCCCUCCUCGUUUCCACCGUCCUCCUUUCCCAGCAUACCAUCGACGGGUCUCAACCUCUCAUCCUCAUCCAGCAUGGUGGGUGCCAUGGCGUGAAAUUCACACUCAUCAACGGCUACACUAGACCACGCAUCAUGUUAUGAUAUUUGCAAGGACUUCUGAAAUGUGUAUGUAAUUGUUUGAACAGGAAUGAUCGAGAGAGACAUGUUGUUCUAACGCAUAGAGCAACUUUAAAGGUGUGCUUUAUGUUCAGCAUAUGGACAUAUGAACAUUUCAACUUGAAAAUAAACAUUAUGCUUUCAUUGUGGCGAGAUCUCAAAUGUAAGAAGAUGUGUCUUCUAGGACUGCAGACACCUAUAUAAAGGGUGCAUUCUCUAUCUCUUUUUAAAAAUAUCGUUUGUACAUGUAAAAACGAAAUGUUGGUUUUGCUAAUAACAUACAGAGGUUCGAGAUUGUGUUUUGCCUGGCUUAAGUGAUUGCCAAACUACCGCUCCAAAACCACGCAGAAAAUUGUUUAAAUGGCAUUAUCACGACUCAGUAGAUGUGAAGAAACGAAGGGCCAUUGAUCUCUACCUGCGCACAGGUGAUAAGGUAUCUGAAUCCGUGCUGACCGCAGGGGUAAGUGAGAGACCCGGACACGUCGUGUAGAGGGGUAAUUUGUUGAGGUAGCGAGUGUUGGGUUACCCAUGGCGCUAGUUUUGUCUGCCCCAGCCCUCUUUAUUCAGUAGUCACAUGCAAUGUGAACCAGACCUUCGUGUAUGGUGAUGGGUGUCGAUGAUCGACGAGGAGCACCCGCGAGCCGCUCGAUGGCAACGGGUCCCCGGUGGUAUUGUGCCCAGCCCGACAGGGUCGACUCACGAGUGGUUCUCGGUGGGUAAUCAUAGAGUGGGAGACUACUGCAGAAGUCAACCGAAACCAGGUUGGCGACUUCGCGACUCACAAAUAGCGAAAUGUAGACUUUAAUUAUCCAACAGCAAUCGGGAACAUGCGACAUUCUCGAAUAACAUGCAUGUCGUGUUGUGUACCGUACUGCAGAUCUGUCAUACACGGCCUCCGUCAGUGCUCACUCAUCGGCAAAAAUCACAACCCCAAAAAACAAAA